AUGACGUUGUGUGGAACCUUUAUUUCAGCAUGCAUCUACGUAUAUGCAGAUACCAUUCUCUCUAAAAGUUCUGAUAGUCCUAUUUGUGUGGACUGUGGCGAAUGCAUUACACUCUUGGAGCUAUAUGAAUUGAUCGAGCUCACUGGAAAUGUGGCGACGGGAAUUUUACAGGGACUGAGAGCUAUCCUUGUAUAUGCAAUCAGCCAUGUUUGGUACUGUCACGAAGACUCAGCCCAAUGCAAGUUUUACGAUAUCCAAGGGAUGUGGUUCAUUGAUUGUGAUAAGUUGUGUAUUAUUGUUUACGCUUGGUAA